UUGCAGUUUUGAACGCACUAAAACAACACUUAGUGCAACAGAAUGAAGGUGUUCAUAUGGUAAACUUUUCUCCAGGUUCAACUCAACGGAAACCGAUCUUGAAUCACCAGCGUUCCGUGGACCCAGUUGAUACAAGAAGUAUGAAGUCUUACAAAAGUACUUUGGAAAAGUUGAAAAAACUACGAGAAGAAACAAGGCAGUUGUUUUCAGACUUGGAACAGAUGGAAGAAGUCUCUUUAUCCCAUUGGAAUGUGUCAGUGAAUAUGUUGAGUAGUAAGCAAUCGUAUACUUUGAGAAAACUAGAUGUAUUAGAUAGAAGAUAUCGAUAUGCUAUGAUUGCGUUGACAGGGUAACCGAUGGUUAGAGAGUUUAUAACUUUCAAUAGUUUGUUGCAUUGUGUGGAAGGAACACGAAACAUUCUCCUUGUCAUCUUUUUUGGAACUGUUAUAUUGUUCAACAAAAGUAUUUUAUGGUUGGAAGAUUUUUUCAGUUGUCAUAAGGUAUUGUAUAUUAUUGACUAUUAGUAAAUAAAGAACGCUUCUUCACC